AUGUUCAAAUAUUCAUACAUCUAUGCUAUUGUAUUCUUGGACUUAAUUAGCAUUAGUCUCAUCAUACCAGUAUGGGGCACUCACUUGCGCUCUUUAGGCGCUAGUCACUUUCAUAUAGCCUUAGUAGGUUCUACAUAUUCAUUUCUACAAUUCCUAUCUGGCACACCAAUUGGUGCACUCAGUGAUCAUUAUGGUCGAAAGAUUGUACUCAUUGUUACAAUAUGCAUUUGUGCUAUAGCCUAUUUCCUUCUAGGCUGUGUGAAAUCAUUGAUAUUCAUAAUAAUAAUUCGUGUCAUCCAAGGAUGUUUGAAACACUCACAACUUUUGUGCAAGACAUUAGUUAAUGACCAAGUACCUGCUGACCAACAGACUACAGUUUAUGGACGAAUGAAUGGAUUUUCAUCACUUUCAUUCGUUAUUGGACCAAUUAUUGGUGGUCAUCUAAUGGAAAAAAGUGAAGGAUUUUAUAGCCUAGCUUGUUAUACUUCUAUAAUAUUUCUAAUCAACGCUUUAGUUGUUUAUUUUACGGUUCCUAACACAACUGUACCAAAGAAAGAAAGAAAGAGUGCAUCACCAUUUAGUGAUUUAAUGGAAGUAAAUUGGAAUGAAUGUUGGCCUGCUUUUUCGCUGAAAAUGUUGGGAGCUGCAGCGUUGUUUGCAUAUUUUAGUUCAGUUGGUCUUGCUAUGAAUGAAAAAUUCAAUUUAUCCCCAUCAGAAGCUGGUUAUACUGGUGCUUUACAAGGACUUACAGGUGGCAUAACUGGCUUUGCAGCUGGUAAAAUAGAAAACAUAAUAUUUCCAUCUAAAAAUCCAUUUACCAAAUGUUUUUAUUCCUUCAUAAUGUUGGGUAUAGGAUUUGUUAGUUUAGCCUUGGCACCAAAUUUAAUUAUAUUUAUGGCAGCUAUGAUUCCAAUCAGCGCUUCGAGUACACUUAUAAGAGGAUUUAACAAUGAAAUAUUGUAUGAACAAUCUUCAUCUGAUCACAAAGGUCUAGUUGCUGGUGCAGGAGCUAGUUCCGCUGCAAUAGCAAGAUUUCUAGCACCAAUUAUAUGUGGAUUUACAAUGGACAUGUUUGGAAAUAACUCUGGAUUUUUGUUGUCUGCAUUGUUUUCAUUCGCUGGAGCAGUGUUGUCAAUAUGUCUAACCAAGAGAUCAAAAGCUCAUGUUGAAUAA